GCUGUGGCGAGGCAAAGCUCGACGUCAUGAAAAAUUCACUGAGGACGAUUGGAAAUCCGACGUCUAUGGGUGGCCGUGUCUCAGUCGCAAGACCGUCAUGUUCAUUAUAUCAAGAUCAAUUGCAUUGUUAUUGAGGUAAUAACGGUUAUUAAAAGUCAAUUGUAACUCAAUAAUCGUUGAGGACUCACCAUUACAAUGUAUCGCCCAAGGCUAUUGGGCCAGAGCCUUCGGGGCUUCACCCAUGCCCGGACAUGUCGUCGAACAUAUAUCACGGAUGCGGAUGUUGAAUCUGCAAGAAGAUACUGCUUGACACAGUUACACGACUAUGAUGCUCAUCUCAUUCGCCGCUUCGUCCCCUCUCCAGUACAAGACACUUACGCUGCUCUCCGUACUCUUAAUCUUGAGCUUGUUCGCCUCCCUGAGCUCGUUUCUAACCCUACGAUUGGAUCCUUUCGAAUGAAGUUCUGGCAAGAAUCCAUUGACAACACUUUCGCGGGUCGUCCCCCUCGCGAACCUAUUUGCAUUCUCCUUCACAAGAGUCUACAAGAUCUAGAGGACCGUGAUGGCAAUUCUACCAAGAAAUCGAUAAAAUUCUGGAUCUCGAGAUUAAUAAAAACAAGAGAGAAGCAUAUGACGAACAGGCCUUUUGCGAAUUUGGCGAGCUUGGAGGAGUAUGCUGAAAAUACAUAUUCGACUCUUAUGUAUGCGACAUUAGCAUCACUUCCACUGAGAUCAAUGCAUGUCGACCAUCUCGCAAGUCAUAUUGGAAAGGCUUGUGGCAUUGCUGCGGUUCUGCGUGGCAUCCCUGUUCUGGCAGCACCUCCACCUCCAGUAAAUACACCUUCUGGCCAGGUUCCAGCUGUACGAGAGCCUGCGCUUCUUCUGCCAUUGGAUGCUAUGGCUGAAGCAGGAGUCAAGGAGGAAGAGGUCUUUAGACAAGGACCCAAUGCAUCCGGACUUCAAGAUGCUGUAUUCCAGGUCGCGACACGAGCCAAUGACCACCUCAUCACGGCACGAGAGAUGCUCAAGCGACUCAAGGCCGGAGAGGACCCAGGUCAUGAGUUCGAGCAUCGAGGAGAAGCUGAGCAUUUCUAUACCGAGGGAAGCAACACAUUGAGAGAGAUUCGCCAGGGAUUUGGAGUUCUUCUUGAAGCUAUCCCUUCGGCGCAGUACUUGCAACGUCUAGAGCAAGCAGAUUUCAACCCAUUCGCUGUCAAAACCGCUGGCUGGAAAUUACCUUGGAAUGUCAUCACCAAGAUGCUCUACGAACUAAUUGCAAUUGUCCGACCGGGCAGCCUCUCGGAGGUGAAGGAAAUCGCCCAAACCGUCGGCUCCCUCGUCCUCAAGAAUGGCGGUGUCGUCCGCGGUCUCGCCAACUGGGGUGUCUUCUCCCUACCGAAGCCUAUCUCAGUGCAUCAGAUGAAGCACACACACGGCCAUUACUUCGUCAUGCGAUACGAUGCCGCUUCAAAGGUCCACCAAGACGUACGAAACACAUUGCGCCUCGAGCCCCGUAUGAUUCGCGCCGCCCAUGUCAAGCUCGGAGACGGAAAGCUUGAGUCAUUAGCUCGAUUUGGACCGCCCAAGUGGAAGACGACUGGUAGUGAGGCAUAAGGGGAGAGGAAAGAUGAUUCAAAGAUGAUAUGUAUGGAUGGCAAAUGGCUUUGAUAACGACAACGAAGGAGCAGGAAAUUAUCAUGUAGUAUACAUGAACGAGCCUCGAAUAAGGGUGUGGGCGUCAGAGUCCGAGAAAAGACUCAGCCCUAGGCUCAGGCAUCACACGAUGCCGUGUACAAAAACGACGCUGCGUCUGAAGAUAGCAGCCAUGGUUGUAUGAGAUAUUAUAGAACUUCAAACUCUGCAUUCGCUUCAUCAUGUACUUGUCACGUUCUGAAGGAACCGAUGCGUGGAUGAAUCUCACCAAGGGUUCAAAACACAUAUCACACUGAAACACUGGUAACAUGAAUG